AUGGUGGCCCGGAAGAAGGUGGCGGUCCAGCCCGCGGCGCUGGGAGGAGCCGAAGAUGGGGGUCUCGGACGGAGAAGAGAGGAGGGGGUCGCGUCCGAGAUGUCGACCACUGAUGUGGGGAGCGGGGGUGGGGGUGCUGGCCUCGUUGAGCUGCGAGGCAAAACCGGCAACCCCGUCGACCGGAUCGAGGAGGCAAUCGGCAUGGCCGAUUGCCUGCUCCAGACGUCCGGGGUAGCCAGGGGUCCCGAACAGGAGGCCCUGGUAGCGGUCGUGCGCUCCAUCAUCGAGGCGGGACGACUCCUCGUGGCCGAGAGCAAGGCCCACGCUAGGGAGAGAGCCCGCCUCGAGGCGGAUCUCGCCAAGGCUCGUGCCCACGCUGGUGCCACACCAGUGUCUUCGGCACCUGUGGCGUCGUCCGCCCCUAAGGAGCCGGACUUAGUCCGACUCGUGGCGGAGAUGGAGGAGCGAAUUAUGAGGCGCAUCUCUGCCAUAGAGAGCGCCCGUUGUCGCCCACCUCUGGCUCCGCCAAGAGCAACCUAUGCGGCCGCUGCCAGGGCGGGCCUAACAGCCCAGCCAGCAGCUAGGGUGGCUGGGCCGUCAUCAGCCCCCCCGCCCCAGAAGACCGGAAAGGGCAAAGGGAGGGGGAAGGCGGCCCCAACCCAAGCCCCAGUCUCGGCCCCGGCUGACACCGCACAGCGCUCGUUGGAGCGGGGCUGGACGGUGGCCGGGGACAACAAAAAGAGGCGGAAGGCCGCCAAAAAAGCGGCCAAGAAGGCGAGGAGGGACGCCGCCGCCGCCGCGAAGGGAGCGCCGAGGAAGCUCCGCGCCCCUCGCUCCUCGGCCGUCGUUAUUACUUUGACGGCGGAGGCAGCGGAGAGGGGCGUGGGGUACGCCGAGGUCUUGACGAAAGUCAAGGCCAACGUGGACCUCAAAGCCCUCGAGAUUCCGGGCGUCCGGUGUAAAAACACACGGACGGGAGCCCGGCUCCUCGAGGUAGCCGGCGCUACCAGUGGCCCCAAAGCCGAUGCCCUAGCGGCUAAGCUGAGGGAGUCACUGGAUGCAGCUGACGUCCGAGUGUCCAGGCCCACUAAAUGCGCCGAAGUCCGCAUCACGGGCCUGGACGACUCUGUCACGGCGGACGAGCUCAGACUCGCCGUGGCGGAGACGGGAAGCUGCCCUCUGGACAGCGUGAAGGCCGGAGCAAUACGCUUCGGCCCCGGUGGACAGGGGGCAGCGGUUGUCAGCUGCCCCAUCGCGGCGGCCCAGAAGGUCGCCGAUGGACGGAGCCUCCUGGGGUGCACUGUACGGCGGAGGCCACCGUAG